AUGCUCCUAAUCAAAUUCAGAGACUCUAUAGGCAGGAAAUUCAGCUUCCCAUGGCAUCUAUGUAAAAUGUGGAAGGACAUGGAUGAACUCAUCCAGCAAGCGUUGCUCCAUGUUGACGUGACUGGUGCCCAAGUACAACAAGGCCACUACGAUCUAAUCGGCCCAGAUGGCGAGAUAAUUCUUCCCCAGGUAUGGGAGACCCUCGUCCAGCCUGGCUGGACCAUUACAAUGCAAAUGCGGCCAAGACCUAAUCAAGCAUUGCCUCCAGGCCGCCUGCGAUCCCUACUAAAGACAUACUUAUCGUUUCCUUUCUAUUCUUUCUUCAUUUUUUUGAUACCUUUUCUUUUUUGGUCUUUUAUUCUUUUUCUUUGGGUGGGGGGAGAUGUUGAUUUACUGGCAUUAAAGCACUUUAGUUCAGCACUGAGAACAUGGAUACGUGGUAUAUCCAGUGCUGGUGAAGGAUGA